AUGAUUAUCAGCCGUUUAGGCAGUGUUCAAUUUGAAUACUUCAAGGAUGACUACGAGCAGAAAUAUCCAGAGGAUCCCGUGUUUGAGGAGAUGGGUCCUAUUGCUAGAGCUCGGGAUGGAUUGGAUGCGAUGUUAGUUUUUGCUGGUUUGUUUUCCGCCGUCGUCACGACAUUCGUAGUCCAAACAUCCCAAAGUCUCCAGCCCGAGGUGGACUAUACCCAAGUCUCAGCCUCUUUAUUGUCUGAGUUGGUCUUCCUUUUGCGCGCGGCUGCUUCUAGCAGUCCUCUCAAUAGCAUCCCUACAUCUUCACUGCCACUGAAUGCAAUGACGCCAACACAUAACAUUCUUGAUGUCUGGGUAAACGGUCUCUGGGUGAUUAGUUUAUCCCUUAGCCUCGCCGUAGCUCUUGCUUCAGUACUUGUGAAGCAAUGGCUUCGCCGAUACCUUGCUAUACACUCCGGAACACCUAAACACCGAAGUCGUAUCUGCCACUUUCGGUAUGUAGGAUUCGAAAGGUGGGGCGUGCUGCACAUCGUCGGGUCAUUGUCAGUGAUCAUGCAUCUCUCCCUGGCUUUCUUCUCUGUUGGGCUGCCAGUGGUGCUUUUCCGGAUUCCUCUGUAG